GGCUAUUGUCCUUUUGACUAAAAUUCACGUGACAGAUUUUGACGACAAUCCAACGUGAUGCUAGUCACGUUAUCUGUCACGUGUAAUGCUCCAUGCCAUCGCUGUUGACUCUCCAGCGCUGUCUCCACUCCAGCAACGCCAAUUACGAAUCCCUUCCUAUUGCGAGCCAGGAACUCUCCACAUAAAGAACAGUUCGUCGCAGCUAUAGUCCUGACGCAAAAUGGGCACAUCUCAAUUCCCUUCGCCCUUCAGCGUGAAGCGGAUUAACCGCAAGGUCAACAACGACACCGACUCCGAUAACACAGACACAUUCAUCAAUGCCAAAAAGCCCAAUGGCCAACGAAGCAUACACAUCCAAGCUGCAGGCAAUGUUAGCAACACGUACAAGUCAUAUUCGUCAUUUAAUACCACCCAUAAAGUGAACGAGGAUCCAGAGGAAUUGAUUGACUGGAUCAGUAACAUCGACAUACGGUACAAACAACUAGCUCAUAAACAGCAUGAGGAAGCCAAGCGCUUGGUCGAGGAUCAGAAACUGCAGUUAGCGGAGAAAGAAUUACAGGAAAAGUAUAGAAACAAGAUCUACGAAGACGAGUUUGAAAAAUUGGCUCGUGUAGUCGCCAGAGAGGAAGAACCUGUAAAAGAACGGCAGGAGGAUGUGGACAAUUAUGAACAUUACGAAGAAGACGAUGAUGAGCUAGAUCAGGAAGAGGAAGAGGAAGAGGAAGAGGAAGAGGAGGAUGAAGAAGAAAUAGAAGAAGACGAUGAUGAUAUAAUUGUAUUAGGGUCCGAGUCGGAGGAAGAAGCUCCUCCAGCACCCGCUUCUCAUAUCCAUUCAGCUCAAGUGCUCCACAAACCCAGCCUUUUAUCUUCUGGCCCAACUAUGAAAUCAUCCAGCGAGUUGUUCGCUGACCAAGCUGAACAGGAAGCGCAAGAAGAAGAUGAAGAUGAAGAUGAAGAUGAAGUGGAUGAGGAUGAGGAUGAAGUGGAUGAGGAUGAGGAUGAAGUGGAUGAGGAUGAGGAUGAAGUGGAUGAGUAUGUGCAGGAUCAGGAGGAAAUGGAAGAAGAAGAGGACGACUACGAGGAGGAGGCAGAUGAUUUUGACAUUAACGAUGAAGUGGACGAGGCCCCGGCAAUAGAAAAUAUCGGUCAAAACAAUCAAGUUCAAACGCUUCAUGAUCAGAAUCCCCAACACUACCCCUCUGAGCAGAGCCAGCAUUUAUCAUACACACUCCAAAAUGGCAGACCAAGAUUAUCAAACUACGGUUACCAUUUACAUCAGCAAGAAGAGAAUGCUGAGGAAGGAAGUGAGAACGAGGAUAUUGAUUCCAAUGAAUAUUCAGAGCAGGAAAGUGACCACAAUGACAUAAAUGCAUAUUCGACUCAUUCUCAAUCUCAUCAAAAUCAACCUUACGAAGUAAAUGAAUCAUAUGUCCAAACAAAUAAGGACUUUUCUCAUUUUUCACAGCAAGCAGAAGGGAAUGACAUUGAAGAUGAAUCAAUAAUUGUGCUAGAUUCCGAAGAAGAUGAUGAAGGCGAACAAGAAAUCGAACGAGAAGACGAACAAAAUGUAGGGGAAGAAGAUGAUGAAGAUGAUGAAGAUGAUGAAGAAGACGAAGAAGAAGAUGAUGAUGAUGAUAAUGAGGAAGAGGAGGAGGAAGUUGAAGAAGAAGCAGAAGAAGACUCUUUGGAUAAUAUUGACCACCAAGAUGCUGAUCAGAUAGAAGAAGAUGAUGACCAAAAUGAAAGUGGUUAUCAGAAGUCGCCACAAUUUUCAGAAGCUGAGGCCCAACAACUUCAACAAGUAGCAGCGCAGUUGCAAGAAUUACAGUCUGAACAAUCUCCCUUCAAUAACCUUCUAGAUGGUCGUAAUAUAGAAAACUCGGCAGAUGCCAAUUUCUCGAGAUGGGCUGAUGUAAUGCUUGAACAAGCUAAUUCUGGUACAUUUAAUGAGCCUCAAUCUUCCAAUCACCAACUGGUGUCUAAUUUCUCCACAGGUCGAGCAUCUGGAUAUGCUACUGAAUAUGAAUUCACUGACACUGCAAUUAAUAUUGAUGAAGAGGAACCAGAAAAAGUACCUCAUGAUGACAUUGCCCCCUUACCUACCGCAUUCUAUGCUAAUGAGUUGGAGUCAAAGGAUGAUAAGGAGGUCAUGGAAAUAAUUAGCGAAGAUGAGAAAACUGAGGGCUCUUUAGCAGACGAGGAGAUGGAGGAGAUCGUUCCUGAAGAAAUUAAAUCGUCGAAUCACUCUGCAGAUGCAGAAAUGAUAGAGCAGUUACAGGAAGAACAAGAACCUGCUCACCAUCCUGUACCAAUUUUUAGAACUGUCAAAGAAGAGUCCCCAGAAGACACUUUAUUAAAGCUUAAACAAAUUGAUAAGAAGUUCAAUCUUCAUUUAAGCUCCGUGGCUGAUCUUGAAAAUGAAAUCAGAUUGAGAUCGUCUCCCUUUGGAUCUGUUGAGCCGGUGGGAACCGAGGACAUUGAAGAAGGUAUACAGGAAGAUCAACACCAGAUUAACAGCAGCAUCCCCAUUCAGGUGCUGCAAGUCAGGGAUGCAGAUUCCGCUGACCCGUUCGUGGAUGCUGACGUUACAUUUGAUUUACAAACCAGCGAACCCUUAAUAUUAAACCAAGGAGAUUAUGAAAGAGAUAGUCAACUUCAAACUAGCCAGGCUGAGCGGAUCAAAGAAGCCCCCGAUACAUCUGUGGUUCUCGAAAAUGAAAGCAAUGGAGACGUAGUACCUGAACCAAAUCCUGAAGUAUUGGUUGGAAAUAUUGAAAAUGCUGAAGGUCAAUUGAAUAGCGAUGAGCACAAUCUGGUGCCAUCACACCUUGUCGGUGCUACUAGUGCUGCCAUUAACAAUAUUGAGGUUCCUAUAUUAGAUAGUAUUGGGAGUGAAGAUGGUGAAUACUCAGAGCUGGAGGACGAUGAACACAAUGAGAACGAGUACGAAGCAUUGGGCCAUCAUUUGAAAUCUGAGAAGUUGGAUCAUAUAAUUGAUGAGGUUCUUGAGGAGAUAUCACACGGAGGUACUGACAGGCAAAACAUCGACGUAUCAAACGAUUCAGCCAACAGUUCUCAAAUUGUAUUUAGUCAAGUCGAAAAGAGCCCAGAAAGUAUCCCAGACUCAUCAUCACAAGUUAACACCGAAAAUACUAGACCCGUGGAACCAACACCUGAAGUCGAGAAUAUAAUGCAAUCCGAUAACAAUGAAGCAAUUGAAAUCGAUGAAGAUGAAACUUUCCAUGACGAUAUCGAAACCAAAACCAAAGAAGUUGAACCUGAUGUUGAAACCAUCGUAAGCGACGUGGAAAUGGAUAUUGAAGAAGUACACCUGAAGUCGCCAAGCCCAAACAACCUAGGAUCAGACAAUGAGCUUAUUGAAUCUGAUCUCAAUCUCGGUGAAAAAGUAAACCCAUUGGAGUUUGAACAGAAUCAACAAAUUGCUGUACCCGUUCAAGUUGAGGAGAAUCUCUCGAAAGGUAAUCUAAUUGGCAUAACACAAAAUAUCACAGAAGAUCUCAAUGAACAUUUGGCACAAGAAACUUUGAAUGCCGCGGAAAAGGAACUUGUUGAAGAUGUGGUACAUAAUGCCGCUGAGUUGGCUGAAUUAAUUGGUCAAGAGGCGGAAGAAGUCUCUCGAUCUAUCAUACAACAGAAUCGUUCAGAUGAAGGAAUUGAAGAGUCUGUAUCAGAUCCGGAAACCCAAGAUAGUAUCCAGAAGAUAACUGAAACUGCUGAAGCUACGGAAGUUACACAAGCUUUUGAGUCAAUAGAGCCAAAUUCCGGUGACUCCGCUGACGAUUUGCCUUUAGACAAUGAAGAGAAAUGGGUUGAUGCUUCCGAUAUUGAAGCGUCACCACUUGUGCAGGAAGUUUCUGAGGUUGCUGAAGAGAUUGACCAUGAGGCUGAGAAGUUGAGUCAAGAAAUUUUAGCACCUCUUGAAACUGAUAGUCUCGAGGAGGAGGAUAGAAAGACAGUAGAAGUCGCACAAGAAGCAGCCAAGCUUGCUGAAGAUAUUGAAGUUCACGCAGGUAUGUUGGAUCAAGAAAUCUCUGAAAUUGUUGAAGCAGGAGCAGAAGAGUUGGUUCAAGAUGUUGCACAGGUUGCAGAGCAAAUAUCUGAACACGCUGAAACAAUUGCAGGCGAGAUCGCAGAAGUAAUCGCGGAAGAAAUUACGGAAGAUAUCGAGCAAGGUAUUGAGCAAGAAGUUGUGGAAGACAUUGCGGAAGAUAUUGAACAAGAAAUCGAGCAGGAAAUCGAGCAGGAAAUCGAGCAUGAAAUCGAGCAAGAAAUUGAGCAAGAAAUCGAGCAAGAAAUCGAGCAAGAAAUUGCGGAACAGAUUGCGGAAAGUAUCGAGCAAGAGAUUGAGCAAGAGAUUCAAGAAAUUGGCAAUAUAGUGGAAGCCGAGAAUAACCAAAAAUCAGAUGCUUUACGUUCAGCAGUAUCCUCGAAUGAGCAGAAUGAUACUGACUCCAGUUCGAAGGAUACUUUGAGCAUUUCUAAUAGAGUGACCGAAAUUGAUGAAAGUGAUCUAGGUAUCGAAGUUGAAAACUUCAUUGAAGUGGAAGAUAGGGUUUCUGAAAACUUCUCCGAAGACUUUGCCGACUCGCUUGAAGCCAACACAAAGGAAAAAGUCAUCGAAGAAUUGGAGACCGUAGAAUCAGGAUUUCAGGAAAUCGUGCAUACAAACGAAGGAAUUAAGGACGAAAGUGUCACUGCCACUUUUGGAAGAACAAUAUCAUCGGAUGAUGUUUCCAUUGAGACAAUCGAUGAAGAAUCUGAACCAAUUAGAACCACCAAUGCAGAAGUUGAUGAGGUUCGGCUCUCGUCGGAUGAAGGUGAUGAUAAUUCCGAUAGCAAGAAGCCCCCAUUCCUUUACAUUAGGGAGCUUAGGGAAUCGUCUGUUUUCAGCCAAUCCGACGUUAUUAGGCCUGGAAGUAUAGAGGAAGUUGAAACUGUUAUCACCCAAGCUCAAGAAAUCGAUCUUUCUGUCGAGUUUGUGGAAGAAACAGCCGGAAUUGAGGUUAUUCAGAGAACGGCUGAAGUCAUAGAGCCUGAUAGCGAUGUUGAAGAUGAAGCAGAGUCCGCGUUGCCAGAAAUCUCAUCCAAUUCUGAUAAAGUUCAAGUCGAUUCUGAGAGUCAAGAACAAGAUCUCAACAAUCUCGCUCCUAGUGAGACCACAUCUCCAAGAAAACGACACUUGGAGGAUGAUGAACCGACAGUCAGCUUCAAAAGAUUCAAGACUUUCUUUCAAAAAUUUAUUCCGACUCGAUUCAAGAAAUCUGUUCGGCGUCCGGAAUUACAACCAACAGGUGAUAGUGACAAUGAAAUAAAUAUCAAUACUGGGUAUGCAAGUCUUGAAGAUGAAAAUGAAGAGCAGCACUCGGAACAAGAAGAUAGAACUAACCAAACCGAUAUCAGUUCUGCGGAAAAGAGUAAUACACCAAUGGAAGCAGUUCUUGAUAGGCUCACUACCGAAAAUCAAAAAGUUAUUUCAAAAGAGAUUCCAGAUAUCAAUGAUGACGAAGUAUUGUUUGGUGAUAUUGAAGAGGUCAAACAUGCAAAAGAAGUUGCACAAGAGGAAUCUGAAAUAGAUUCUAAAGAAGAGGAAAAGGAGAUCGAGGAAGAGCUUGCUGAAAUUGCAAGGAAGCUGGAAGAUCCUGUUUUUAGUGGUGAUGAGGUUAUUGAGCAAGAACCGGAUUCGGGAGAAUCAACUGUAAAACAGGAUGAAUCUUUAGAUGAGGUUGAACUGCCCGAGGCUUCUGAAUCAACUGGUAAUGAAGAACUGUUGAACGAGCAACCAGAACAAGAAGUCGAAGUAACACCUGGUGAUGUCGCAGAUUUUGAGAAUAAUUCAGAAUACGAUAAUAAGGAAUCGGAGCAUGAAGAUGAGAUCAUUCCAGAUAUUAUUGUGGGUAAAGCUGCUGAGAAUAAUUCAGAUAACGAAAAUGAAAACGGUUCUGAUGACAGGACCAAUGUAACUUCUAAUCGGGACGAAUCUAGCAUUGAGACUAAGAAAGAAGAAUCGAACUCCAUUGCUCAGGAUCAGGCUAUGAAUCUCGAUUCAGGAAUUGAUGGUUCCGACACACACCCAGAAAGUGACAGUGAAGGGGAGGGAUCCAACGAGGGCCUCUUACCCUCAUUAGAAGAUGAUCUAGAAAAGAAACCUCGUGUUAAAAGGGUGCUUGGCCUCGAGAUUGGUGAAGUUGAUUUAGAACCCAGGAGAUCUUUGAGAAGCGGUCAUAUUUAUGGAGAAAACGGUUCCCCUGUAACCUCACCCAAGAAGCCCACCAAGACCACGAAGGUGUUGCCAAAGCUAGACAUUCCAAAGCAAAGAGAUUUCACUCACAGUUCACCAACUGACUCCAGUAGAUCACCACUGCGGAAGGGCUCUGGAGCGCACAAUUGGAGAUUGGAAGCAACUGAAGAUAGGCCUGCCCAGCGGACUCGGUCUAAAUCACCAUUGAAGAGAAGCAUGAAAGAAAUCCUUGGUUCUAAGGAAGAGCAAGCUACAAGAAAGAGAAAGGACUCUGGAGGUGAUGUUGAGGAUGACCACGCACAAGAACCAAGUUCCAAGAAGCGUGCAAAAGGCCAGAAAACCUAUAAGGGACACAUCAGAACUCGAAGCCAGGACGUUAAAAGCGAAGACGAAUCGCAAAGAGGCAGACCAAGAGGCAGACUGUAAUUUUUGAUUAUGUAUCUAACCAAGACAUUUGAGUUUAAUAUUUUUGACAUUGAUGUAGGCAGAGAAAC